AAACUGACCACGAGGGAUACUCGCGAAGUAUUCGGAGAAAUUCACAACUGUGUUCUGGGUCGAAAAAUUCAUUUAUCAUGCCUUGCAUAGAAGACUGGCUCACAAACCCGUUAACUGUAGCGGAGGGAAUAUUCAAAGAGGCAGGCAAAGUCGACCAUGAGCGCGUUCGCGAGUUCUUUUCAAGUCGAUUGCAAAGCAGUGAAGCUCUCCGACGAGUUCCUUCGCUUAAUGACACUCCAAGUCACUUGCUAAAAUCUAAGAGUUUGGUCAGAUUCCGCUGCAUGGUUCAGGAUAUGUUCGAUCCCGAAUUCUUCCUUGCUGCUUAUGAAACCGUGGACAAAUCAAAUAAUUCGUCAAGUAUGCGGUGCGGAAUGUAUCAAGACAUGGUCAGCUGUCCAGAAAAUUUCGAGCUACGAUUGGAGUCACCGCAAAAUGUCACCAAAGAGAGGCAGGUUUUUUACUGUGUUCCAAUCCCAGGAGAAACUGAAUGGGCCAAGAAAAUGUUCGCGGCGGAAAACGUGCCUUUUGGCGUGCAGUCUCAACGGGUAAUGCAGCAGAAUAAUGCAGGAAUAAAGAGGGGACUAGAAGAGGAAAUGGAGCAGGAUACAACAUAUCAGAACGGUAAAUAUCUUUAAGAUCUUGUAUUUUAUUUCUUUAAGUACUAAUUUUCCUUUGCAUAACGGUUUGGUAUUUGAUUGAGCGGUAAUGUUGGGGAGGGGGAGCGGAAAUAGCCCUGAAACAAACCCUAGUCAUUAAUUAAUUAAUUAAUUUUAAUUUAUUUUCCUUUAUUAAUACUUGCUUUCCGUCCGUAAGAUAAUUACUAGGUGAAGGGACAGUACCCUGGGGCCUUAACUUUGUUUAAUAAGUGGUAAGAUUUCCAUGUACAAGUGCAACCCUAUACAUAUCAUGCAUGCAGCAGUCAGUGAUUUUGCUACAAAUAGUUUUAUGGUGUGUCCUGGGACUCAUCUUGUGAAAAAUUAUGUGUCCCAGUCCAGAGCCACUGAGUCGCAGUUCAAAAAACAAUGAGUCCCAAAACUCUGUGUUACAGUUUAAAGAAGUAAUAAUAUACUCCUUCUAUUGUAAAGCACAACAAAGACUAAAAGACGUAAGUGUCGUUUAACAACAGCCACAAUAACAGCCACAGAAAUCACACAAACACACAAACAGGAUAUUCUACAAUAUUGAUCAAUCAAUCGAACAUCCUACGGGACGCAUGCCACAAUUAUUUUGUGUCUUUGGGGAUUUAUAUGCAUCAGGGACACAGGGCGCAGAGGUAACAAAAUUACUUAGCAAUGUCAUUCCAUUUCACACAAUGGCAAAUAGAAUGUAUGAAUAGAGUCAAAACAUCUAUGCCUGAUGGUCAUUGUAUAGGGCUGUAUGGAAAUCUUACUGUGGAUUUCUUCUGCCUCCUGACAAAACAUCUCUACCUGCAAGGAGCAUACACAAACUAUUUAUUAACCACAUAACCUCCCCAAUGUCUUGCUGUGAGCACACUUGUACUAUAUAGUGUGUCCAUGUAGGAAUUAAAGAUAAUGUACUGUUUUCCUUGAUUGUACAUUUCUUUUGUUAGGUUAAUAACCACCUACCAUGUAAUUCAAUUUAAGAUACAGUUGCAUUCAACCCCAAUUAAAAUAUUGUAAGGGUUCAUACAGAGUCUUGAAUUCUUGAAAAAGUCCUGAAAUUUGCCAAGCAGUUUUCUAGACCUGGAAAAAGUCUGGAAAAUAGAGAUAAAGACAGUCUUGAAAAAAAGGUAAAAAGUCUUGAGGUUUUUUAAAGUUACACAUUCUAUAAGUACUUUACAAAUGAAAUUUUUUUCAUGCUGGUCAAAUCUUGUUUAAUUUCACCUAUAUGUUUGCAGCACAUCAUGGAAAAAGCUUUGUUCCUUCAUUUUUUUAAGGUCUCUAUUGUUCAUCUGUUAUUAUUUUGAUAGCCUUGAGUCUGGAAAAAAUUAUUGUUUCGGAAAAAGUCUGGAAAAAGUACAAACCCUGUAUUGUGUUUGUUGUCUUUGACAACCAUAGGGAUUCAGCUUUUGCUACAAUAUGACUGUAACUAUUUCAAACAGUACCAAUUAGGUCUGUCUUAAAAUCAUUAAUGUUUGUUUCUUUUUUUUGUUGUCUUUUGCUUUAGGCCAGCAAGUUGAUGAUGCUGUCAAUAAAGAUGAGGCUACUAAAAGGGCCAAAGCCAUCGACACAUCAGACAACAGUAACAUUCCUUCCAGCUCUCUAGGCAUGGAUCUGAAUUUCCCUCUUCCCAAUGAGCAGGGUCCAGCCUGCUUAGUUCAUUUAUAUGAUCAAGAAAGCACAUUCAAGGUUAAUGAGAUGAUUGAGUUCAUUGGCAUUCUGUCUGUUGAUCCUGGUCUUGCUGUGUUUGAUCAACACAUGGAGGGUGUGCAAGAUACAGCAUUUCUCACCCCUGAUGAUUUGACCACCCCUGAAGAACAAGCUGUCCACCAUCCCCCACCAUCGCUUGUUCCACGACUCCACUGCUUAACAUUUCACCGUUUGACUCACUCUAAUCCAUGUCUCCCUGAUGCCAUCAGUGAUGUGUCACACACCAAUCUAGCUGAAAUGAGAAAAGAGUUGUUGUCCUUGCUUACAAAGGUUGCGUAUGGAGAUUCGUUGGCGGCAGAGUAUAUUCUUCUCCAUCUGGUUUCCUCUGUGUACAACUGGACAGAAAUAAUAACAGUUGGAAAAUUUGCACUGAAUGUCAGUGGGUGUCCUCCUUUGCAGUCAUUUCCACAAGAGAUGCACCAACUGGUGGAACAGUUGGUGCCCAAAUGUCAUUUUCUGUCCAUGACUUUGAACAACAUGAACAGUUUGAACUUUGUCCCAAAAAAGAACUACACAGCAAAUCGGUUAACCAGUGGCAUCCUCCAGAUGUCAGAAAGGACAAACUUGAUUGUUGAUGAGACUGCUUUGGAAGCUGGGCAACUAAAUGAAAAUGGUGUGAAGAAUGUUAAAGCCUUGGAAAAUGUCAUUUCAUGGCAGAAACUGGAGUAUGACUUCAGUUACAACAAGUUAGAGUUCAAAACCAACCUACUUGUAAUGAUUCUCUCAGAAGGCAAAUCACUGCUGCCCUCUGAUUGUCAUCUGGUCCUAAGACCAUGCAGUCCACCAGAGAAUGCACAAAGAGUUCUAAACAGCAUCUCAGCAGAUACCAUGCAACAAAUGCGAGCCUUCCUAGGCAUGGCACAGCUGGCUGAGUACUCAUUGUCGCCUGAGAUGCAGAGGGUUCUUCAGGAUGAUUUUGUUAAGAGCAGGCAGCAGAACCAGAAUAACAUGACAGCUGAGGACUUUCAUCUUUUACUGCUGCUUUCACGUCUGAUGUCACUGAGCUGUGGGCAGACUUCUUUGACACCUGAGUUGUGGAGCCGUGUGAAGCAGAUGGAAGCAGAAAGAAGAGCAAGAUUGGUGUCCAUCAAUUCUCACAACUAAACCAUGCACUGUAUUAAAGUAGUCAUCAAGAAGGUUAAAACUUUUUGUUUCACCUCUGUUCACGCAUUAAUACAUGUAAUCAAUAAAGUUAUUAUGGCACUUGGGAAAACGAUCUGGGUUGUACGUGUGCAUAUUGUAGCAUCAAAUGACAAGCACUGAUGUUGUUUAAUAUUUUUUAUCACCAUACUUUUUAGGCAAGAUGUGCUAAUGUGCAAUGUACAGUGUAUUAUCCUAUGUAAGGUAAUCCGGAUUAUGGAUUCUGGGAAAUUUUUGCUGUUGGAUUCCAGAAUCCUGGGUAUUGGAAUCCCCUGCAUGUGUGGAAUCAGGAUUUCUGUAUCUGGAAUCAGGAAUCCACAACAUGGAAUCCAGGAUCCAAGACUGUCUGAGAUUACCUUACAUGAUGCAGAGUGUGUCAUAAGCAAUAAGGACAAUGUAAAUAUUACAUUACACUGUAUGCUGGUCCAGUGUGAAAUGGAUGGGGUACAAACUGGGCCCCGCAAAAGAUUCUGUUGUUGUAAUAAUUUAUAUUCAUAAUAGCUUAACCAGUGUUAGAGUAGAAUGCCACAGACGUGUUAUCCCUUAUACAGCUGUCUAGUUUGCUUACAUGUAUGAGCCUAAUUAUAGCCUUCAUAAAAGUGAUGUUAAGAGCUCUCUUAAGUGAUUAAAAACAUCAACAUGUUGUUAUUGCCCC